AUGGACAUUGUUGCUAUGACAAAUGACGAAUUCCCAUUCGAAAUAUUUCGCCGAAGUUUAGUACCAGAACCACUACAUCACUACAGUAAUCAAGUGGUGAAAUAUGAUCCUCAUCCACAAUAUAAAUUCUCUUAUGGCGUUGAUGACAGAGUAAGCUGUAAUGCUAAGAGCCAAUACGAAGAGCGUGAUGGCGAUGUGUUGCAAGGCCACUACUCUGUGAUAGAUGCUGAUGGUUUCAAACGCACAGUCCAUUAUACCGCUAAUCCACAUAAUGGUUUCAAUGCGGUCGUAAACCGUGAGCCUUUGGUGAAGUUAUCGCCAGUUGCUCCAGUUGUGUACUACGGUCACGAACCAGCAGUAGUUUACGAUGCUCCUGAUUAUCAAUAUUAUCAGUACUGA